GGAAAUACAUCAUCGGAUUACACAACAAAAGGACAAGUCGAAGACAGACAUUUUAAUGGACGUGAGCGAGUUUCAAGUGACUGACCAUGUGCAGAACGAAGGCAAAGGAAUGGAAGUUUCCCAGGACCAUUUAUCAAAAGUGCGAGUAUUGUGCUGGAUAAUGACAGGACCUACGAAUCUUGAGAAAAAGACACUGCAUGUCCGCGCUACUUGGACCAGACACUGCGACAAAGUGCUGUUCAUGAGUUCUAAGGAGUCGCCGUUUCCCACAGUCGGCCUCAAUGUCUCCGAGGGCAGAAGCAAUCUCUACUGGAAAACCAUACGAGCUUUCCAGUACGUCCACAAGAACCAUUUGGAAGACGCCGACUGGUUUUUGAAAGCUGAUGAUGACACUUACGUCGUGCUGGAAAAUCUCCGUUACUUGCUUUCUAAACACGACACAGAACGGCCCGUUUACUUUGGUCGCAGGUUUAGACCGUUUGUGGCGCAAGGCUACAUGAGCGGAGGGGCCGGCUACGUUCUCAGCAAAGAGGCGCUCAGGAGGUUUGUGAAAGGUUUCAGCGAUGGAAACUGCACGCACUUUUCUCCCAUUGAAGACAUGGCCUUGGGAACGUGCAUGGAGACGAUGGGAGUUGAAGCAGGAGACUCCAGGGAUAAAAACAAAAGGGAAACAUUUCACCCUUUCACUCCAGAACAGCAUUUGAUGAAGACUCCGGGAAAACAGGCCUGGUACUGGGGUUAUGGAUAUUACCCCAGCAUAAACGGUCCUGAGUGCUGUUCGGAUUUUACAGUGUCCUUCCAUUACGUAACACCAGAAGCAAUGUACGAGCUGGAAUAUCUCACUUAUCACCUGCGUCCAUAUGGAUACCAGUACAGAUUCCAUCUUGAUUCUUCACAAAAUGACACAGAAAAUUCAACACAUUGAGGAGAAUAUAAAUGGGACACUUAGGUUUGAAAUUAAAACAUGUUAUUAAUGUCUUUGAUUUUGUUUUGUAUUUCUGCCCCCUGCACUAUUUAUUACUUCCUUGGUACCUCCCACACUCUUUGGGAUUUUAAAAAUUACUGCAGUACAAAGCUGAAGUUUGGUAAAUGUUCCAACACAUUUUACUGGUUUUAUUCUAAAUGGAGUUGUACCUCUGCUCAACAUGA